AGGAAGGAGGAAGUGGACAGAAUGAGGGACCGAGAGGACAAGAAGAGGGAGGAGCUCAAUAAGCUGCAACAGGAAGUGGAGUCCCACAGAAACACAGAGCUGCAGGAGGUGGAGCUGCAGGAGGAGCUGAGCAGGAGGAGGCAGGAGAGGAGCAGCCUGCAGGAGCAGUGCAAACACCUGGAGGCCAGAAGGAGGCACGCUGACAGGAGUCUGUCGGUGGUGGAGACGGAGCUCACUAAACAAAGGGAGGAGCUCAGCCACGCCCAGCUCCUCCAACAGGAAGUGGUCAGAGAUGUGACAGCCAGUCAGGAGCAGCUGAGCGAGGAGGAGCUGUGGCAGAGGGAGAAACAGCUGACCCAAAAGGAGGAGCUUCUGCAGGAAGGGGAGGAGCUAGUUGAGAUGGAGGAGGAGCUUCGAGUGAAAGAGGACGAAAUAAAGAAGACAGACAAGGAGGAGGAGUCAGGAGGUCUACCUGUCUACGAUGGUCUGAGAUCAGCCUUCACUUGUGAGGAGAAGUGGGAGGUGGAGACCUGAGACAACGAGAGGACGGCCUGAAGGCUCGUCUGCGCUGCAGUUCUGAAGGAGAGACGGAGACACCAGAGAGUCUUCAGGGACUCAGAGACCGCGUGGACACGCUGGACUCACUGCUCACACAUACACAAUGAGACACACACAGAGAGACACACAAAGAGACACACACACACACACAAUGAGACACAC